AUGGCGCUGUAUCAACAAACCGUGGGUUUCCUUUCCGACUCCUGGACCAACCAGCAAACACAGAUACCCUUGAUAGCAGUGACCGGAGUAUCAUUCACACUCGGCUUAUUACUUCAAUCACUUUUGACUCGCAAGACUGAGGGUCCUCGUGGGGUCAUCCUCCCUUCACCCCGCACCGCGAUUCUGCCUGGCCUGUCGGAGGAGGAGAACGGCAAACUCCCUCUACCCAACGAUGUUCUUCCUGGCGCACGCGAUGUGAAUACGCCAUACGGCUCGAUGCGAGUAUAUGAAUGGGGCCGUGAGGAUGGACCAAAGGUACUGCUGGUGCAUGGUAUUACCACGCCUUGUAUCUCGCUCGGUGGACUGGCCCAUGCGUUGGUUGAUCGUGGUUGCCGGGUGCUUCUCUUCGACCUCUUUGGUCGAGGAUUUUCUGAUGCUCCCGCCGACCUCCCUCAAGACGAUCGACUUUUCACCACUCAGAUCAUGCUUGCUUUGACAUCAUCGCCUAUUUCAUGGACUGGGGCCGAGUCUGGGAAAUUCUCAUUGGUCGGUUACUCCCUCGGUGGUGGAAUCGCUACUGCAUUUGCCUCGUACUUCCCAGAACUCUUGUCGUCCUUGGUGCUCCUGGCCCCAGCCGGCAUGCUGCGCGACUCCCAAAUUACCUUCUCAGCCAAUCUCCUGUACUCGCAAAACAUUAUCCCGGAGAGAAUACUUCGAUACCUUGUUCACAAGCGUCUAAGAGCUGGCCCCUUAGUCUCUCCUAAGCCAAAAGGGAAGAACGAAAAGCUCAGUGCUUCGGAUGCACUUAUUGAGGAAGUCCCUACCGAAGUUGGCGCAGACGCUCAGGUCCUCUCACGAGAAUACCCACAUCUUAAUGUUCCAUCUUCUAUUGUGUGGCAAGUUGAUAACCACAUGGGCUUCGUUCAUGCAUUCAUGUCCAGCAUGCGCAAUGGCCCGAUCCUUCGUAGGCGUCAAUGGAGUAACUGGACUCGUCUUGGAGCUUACCUGAGUGACCAGAACAGCGUCUCUUCAGACAGGGAAAAGGAAAAGGUGAAGGGUUUACCAUGUGACAAGGUUCAUAUACUCUGUGGUAACAGUGAUGCAAUCAUCAUGAAGGAUGACCUUGUCACGGAUGCCACUGCAGCCUUUGGCGGGAAUGCAAUCUUCAAGUUUUACGAUGCUGGCCACGAGUUCCCCAGCACCAAAUACGAGGAGGUUGCAUCCUAUAUCAUGAAGAUUCUUUAA